GAUGAAGGGUAAGGUUAGAGGCGAAAUUCAUAUACAACAGAAUCCACAAUUCACCUCCUCCUGCAGCUCGUAGCCGUCCGAUCAGAUGACGGAGUCACCGUCGGAUAGGCGGUGUAAGCGCAACGCCGGCCCAAAUUGCCGGUGCAGCGGGGUGGCGUCGCUGGGAAAAUCGUUCUGCGAGAAACACUUGCAGCAGCGUGCGCUUCAAGACCAGAAACGCAGAAUUAAGAGGAACGAAGGGAACGAAUCGGAGCGCAGGUCCAACAAGACCAAGAGGAGGCUAUCGACCGCCGAUGACGUCAGUGCCGGAUCCGAAUUGGAAGUUUCCGUGUCCGAAUUGAUUGAAAACUCCGUCAGAAAGAAAAAAAAGAACGUGACGAAGAAGAAGAAACUGCUUGAUCAAGAGAGUGUAAAUGAGUGUGGUAUUCACGAGGACUCUGACAGGGGAAUUGAAGAUAAGAAACAAAUGGGUAGCAAAAGCAAGGAGGGUGGAAGUUUGAUGUGUCAUCAGUGCCAGAGGAAUGAUAAGAGUGGAGUUGUCUUUUGCUCAAAGUGCAACAGAAAACGCUACUGUUAUGAAUGCCUUGAGAGGUGGUACCCAGGUAAAACCCAGAAGGAAGUUGAGAAUGCAUGUCCAUUCUGUUCAGGCAAUUGCAAUUGCAAAGCCUGCUUGCGGGAGGUUCCAGUGCUUAUGGACCGAGAGGUAAAUUCCAGUGUCAAAUUACAUCGACUGCGCUACUUACUCUAUAAAGCCUUGCCUGUUCUGAGGCAUAUUCACAGGGAGCAAAGCUUAGAACUAGAGAUUGAAUCUAAAAUAAGAGGUGAGCAACUGCAAGAAAAAGGCAUAGCAAGAACAGAGCUAGACAAACGUGAGCGCUUAUACUGUGACAAUUGCAAUACGUCUAUAAUUGGGUUUUACCGGAGCUGCCCCAAUCCCAGUUGCUCUUAUGAUCUAUGUCUCAUGUGUUGUCAAGAGCUUAGGGAGGGUUGCCAACCUGGAGGCAUAGAAGCUGAAACAUCCCAGGAACAAUUUUCUGAGAGAGCUCAUAAUCAUGAUUCAUCAAGAACUAAGAGUAAAAAACAAAAUAAAAGAUAUGGAUGGGAGAGCCAGCUUGUGCCUACGAAUUUUGAUUUUCAAGCUGACAUGUCCACCCCCUUCCCUGAAUGGAACGCUAAUACAGAUGGUAACAUUCCAUGUCCACCAAAACAGCGUGGAGGAUGUGGUACCACAUUGCUAGAAUUGAGACGUACUUUCAAAUGUAACUGGGUAGUGAAAUUGCUAAAUAAUGCUGAGGACCUCACCAGAGACUACACACCGCCUGAUGUUGAUAUUACUGAAAAGUGCUCUUUAUGUCAGAAAAAUACUAUUGAAGGAAAAACCAAUCUUGAAGCCCGUAGGGCAGCAUUCAGAGAUGAUGAUAAUGAUAAUUUCAUAUAUAGCUCAAAUGCCCGUGAUAUUUCUGAUGAUGAAAUUGAGCAUUUCCAGAGGCACUGGAUGAGGGGAGAACCUGUUGUUGUGAGAAACAUUCUAGAUAAGACAUCGGGUCUUAGCUGGGAGCCAAUGGUUAUGUGGAGGGCUUUAAGAGAAACAGGCUCCAAAGUGAGGUUUAAAGACGAAACUCGAAGUGUAGAAGCUAUUGAUUGCUUUGAUUGGUGUGGGGUUGAGAUCAAUAUUCACCAAUUUUUCCAAGGCUACCUAGAAGGUCGAAUGUAUAAAAAUGGGUGGCCAGAAAUGCUGAAAUUGAAAGAUUGGCCCACAUCCACCACUUUUGAAGAGCGCUUGCCUAGGCAUGGCACGGAGUUCCUCAUGGCACUCCCCUACAGGGAUUACACUAAUCCAAAAUCUGGGACUUUGAAUUUUGCCUCUAAACUUCCUGAUGACUCACUAAAGCCGGAUUUAGGACCCAAAACAUAUAUUGCUUAUGGAUUUUCUGAUGAGCUUGGUAGAGGAGAUUCUGUGACAAAGCUGCACUGUGAUGUGUCUGAUGCAGUCAAUGUGUUGAUGCAUACAACCAAAGUGAAGAUAGAUCCUUGUCGGAGAAAAAUAAUAAAAGAAUUGCAGAAAAAAUAUGCCGAAGAAGACUCUCGUGAACUUUUAUGUGAAGCUUUAGGAGAUGCUGAUGAAAGACCUAAAUCUGAAGCAUUGAGCCAUGAUCCGAAGGCAGACAUUGGAAUUGGUAAUAUUUCACCAACUAGCCACGUGGAUCAGUGCAUUCCAUCUAUAUGUGAAGAAGGCAAGAGUCAGAAGUUAGAAACACAUGAUCUAUCUGCAAGUAGCUUAGCUAAUAAUAUGAGCAAUAAGGAAGACAGAAUGAGGAUUGAUUUUUUAGAUGAUAAGGAGCCUGCUGGUCCUGAGCUGAGAGAGUCAAAACAAGGCCUGGAGAAAGAUACUUUGCAAACUGAAGAUGGAGCUGAGGUUGCCCUCGGUGGUGCUGUUUGGGACAUCUUCCGCCGGCAAGAUGUCCCUAAGCUAAUUGAGUACUUAAGAAAGCACAAGAAUGAAUUCCGUCAUAUAAAAAAUCAUCCUGUAGAUUCUGUUAUACAUCCUAUUCAUGAUCAAACUCUGUUUUUAAAUGAGAGGCAUAAGAAACAGCUGAAAAAGGAGUUCGAUGUUGAACCAUGGACCUUUGAGCAACACCUUGGGGAGGCUGUCUUCAUUCCAGCAGGAUGUCCUCACCAAGUGAGAAACAGACAAGUAAUUCAUCAUCUUGUGACAAACAUGUCAUUUUUCUUCGGUCCAACAUGUCUGUUUUUAAGUUCUAGCAAAUUUCUCUUCUUUUUUGGUGGGAUAAGGUUUUUUUUGUUGUUAACAAAGUUGUGGAUACUUAAAUAUUCGAGUCACUUUUUGCAGCCACUAAAACGACCUAAAGUAAGUGUCUAUGGAAAAGGUUGGCAUUAUGGUAACAAGGCGUUACAUGUUGAAAAAAUUGAAUUAACUAGAAGAAUAAAUAGUAUAUAUUUGAGUCCCCCAUCCAAUUCCUUUAAUUACUUUUAGUUCCCAUGGGGUCUGAGGCGAAUAGUAAUAGUAAUGCCAAUGCUGAGGCCCAAAAGAAACAAGAGGAUGGGACUAAUGAAGCAAUUAUGCAGAAUAACCCAAGUAGCAAAAGGGUGAGGAAACCUCCCAUAUGGAUAAAUGACUACAAGAAGUAAGUAUGAGUGCGUCACAAAAAAUUAUUAGCUUGUGCUGAGGUUAGAGUUAGUUACAACAGAUUGGGAAAUGGGUUGUGAUAUAAAAAGGAAAUUAUAGGGUAAGAAAAGGAAUGAUAGGUAUUAUGUUGCUAUUUGAUAUUGCAGACCUCCCUUGAGCUCAGGGUGGUAUUAGUAUACUGUUUCAUUGAUUUUUGCCUUGUAUAUCAAUUGAGUACUUUAUAUGUCAAUUGAGUACACUUAUUCUCCUUUGUCAUAUUGCUACUGUGAUUGUUGUGAAUUGCUGUGAAUGUUUAUAGUGCCUAUUAAUUAGUGCUUUCAUUGAGAGGAAAUGGAGCCAUGGCCGACGGAAUCCAUUUGACCCGACUGGAGGAACUCACCUUGUCCAACAAACAGGAGGUAACCACUCUUAGCCGCGGGUUGGUGGAGGCAAAUGAGAGGAUCACCGAUACGCAAAUUCAACUCACAAACAUGGACUCCUUACUGCGAUCUAUUGAGAAGUUGCUACGUGAAAACUUGAAGCUGAAAAUGAAGGCCGCUGAUUAUGGCCCCAUUGGUGACGAUGCCGCAGAUGGCUGUUCCGGUGUUGGAUCAGUAAGCAUGUGCACUAAACAGCCGUGGCCUGGCUAAGGGUGAAAGUCGCCGAUCUCUCCAUGUUUGACGGCGAAAGAGUGGAAGAUUGGGUCUUCCAUGCCGUCAGCACUUGGAGACGUUCGAGAUACCCGUGGAGCAGAGAAUUCGGGUGUUAUCGUUUCAUUUGGUGGGUAUGCAUGGUAUUGAUGGGCAUUAACAACAGCAUCACCUACACCUACACCUGGGACACAUUUCUGGAGGCGCUAGUAGUCAGAUUUGGGAAGAAUCUCUUCUAUGACCCUUGCACCGCCAUUAAAGAAUUGAAGCAGAGUGGAUCGGUGGAGGAGUACGAGAGCCAAUUUGUAGAGUUGACCAACAGGAUCAAUGGGCUGAAUGAGGAGUGGAUCAUCUCCCUCUUUGUUGUUGGGCUUCAGGACCAGCUCAAAUGUGAAUUGCUCCUAGCCCAACCCACAUCUUAUGUCCAGGCCGUUUCCAUCGCUAAACUCCAUGAGCAGAAGAACGCGACAAUGCUGGGCUUAUCUCGGGUCGGUAGCAAUAAGGCCACAGUAGCCCAGAACCUGCCCCGGUUUGCUCCUAACAGAACCUUAGACUCAAGAGUUCUCACCCAACGACUACCCCUUCCACGAGCUCCAUAGCCUCCGCUAACACACCCUCUUCUUUCCCAACACCAUAAACAACCCCACCGGCAUUUAACACACCCUCUUAUUAUUGCGAUUAACGUUACAGCCAGGGGUAUCGCUGCAAGGCUUCUUAUCAGCUUCUCGUAGGUGAAGAGGAACUCCAAGAGCUCUUACAUGGCACUGCCGGAACACUUGAAGAGGAGAAUGACUCUGAUUUGGAAGAUGAGGGACAUGACGAGGAGGAACAACCUCCACGAAUCAGUCUCAACGCCCUUGCCGGGGAGCUUCACCCUGAGACUGCAGGUGAAAGGGACACACGCCAACCGACCCCUGCUGAUUUUGAUUGACGGCGGCAGCACCCACAACUUCAUUAAAGGGUCAAUUCACUCAAUUGCCAGGAAGCUCAAUUUUCCUCUUACCCCCACACCAACACUUCAAUGGUGGACAAUGGCGACUCCAUUAAUUGUGCUGCUAAAUGCCAAGAUUUUUCAUUAUUGGUGUAAGGGUAUAACUUCUCCGUGGACACUUAGGUUGUGUUUGUUUACAGGCAUGGGAUACUAACAUAGAGACACAGAGACACAAAAUCGUGUUUGGCUGAUGAGACAUGGACAGAGACAUUGUGUCCAGAGACACUAAAUUAGUGUAUUUUGUGUCUAUCCUGGCAGGAAGGACACAGAGACAUUAACAAGAGACAACUUAUUUUUCA